AUCCGAUAACCCCAACUCUCUUCCCUUAGUAAAAGCUGCGGAGUUUGGUGAGUUAGUAAAAUAAAUCAAAAUACAAUGUUAGCGUACUCGGGAAGUCGAGGCUUCUCUUGUACUGUUAUUCCCUUAGCAGUUUCGUUAUUUUUCCCUCCAAAAUUUGUUUUGCCAUUUUUUCUUCUUCAAUUAGGCAAUAGUUUUCUAAAUUAGGGAUUCCUGUAAUUCAAUAAUCAAAUGAAUUCGAACAAUAAGAGGAUUAAUUUCAGAGGCGAUGUCAAUUGUUCAAGCAAAAAGAAGAAGAUUUCUGCUGCUUGGAUUGACCUAAUUCAAUUAGGUGGUAUAAUUGUUGACAACGGAGACGGCGGCGAUGACGACGGCGGUGACCGUCUUUUGGCUUGCGAUUCUCUCUCAUCAGUGCUAGAACCUGAUAAACCUUACACAAUUGGGCGGUGCAAUCGGGUCGCCCAUUUCAUAUUCAGUGACCCCCGUGUAAGUAAGCAACACUGUCAGAUUUUAUUUGAUUCUUUGGCUAAGAAAUUGUACCUUUUUAAUGGUGCAUUUUCUGCCUCUACUUUUAAUUGUAAUAAUCGCAAUAGUUAUUGUAUUGUUAACCAAUUUAGGGAUAGAUUGAUUGUUAAGGAUAAUACAAAUGAGCAAAAGGAUGUUUCGUGUAGUAAUUGUACAUGUAAUUUUAAGGUUUCUUUGAAUGGAGUGUUUGUUAAUGGUGUUAAGAUUAAAGAGGGUAUGACUGUGGAGUUGUGUGUUGGAGAUGAGGUUAUGCUUGUUUGUACCAACCGAAAUGGUGAUUGUGGCGGUUUGAAAUCUUGGAUUGGGUUUAUGGUUCGGAGGGUCGUUUUCCAAGAGGAGCUUGUGAAACCGGGGUUUAAUGAAUUACAGAUUCAGAGGCCGAGAUUGAUUAGAUCAUUGUUGCCGGGUAAGGUGAACAAGAGGGUAUUUGCCUUGAGAGUGAGGGAUUCAGAGUCCUUAAGUUUGGGAUAUGAUGGAGUUAUUGGAAGAGCGAAGUCUCUCUUGGCUCGCUGCAAUCAGAUAGUGCAAAGUGAUGAUCCUGUUUCUUGUAUUAGACGGUGUGUAGCUUCCUGCUCUUCAGUUGCUGGGCCGUAUGAUUGCAUCAUCGGGGGAAAAUUGUUGGAAGGGUUUGAGCCUAGUAGUAAUACUAAAUCUCUUACAAGUGUUCCAAAUGUCUCAGUUGUGAAGCAACAGCAUUUUGUGACUUCUGAUGUCAAGGACAUCAGAGAUUUGCAGCGUACUGUGGUACAAUCAACUACUAGUACUGCAAUUUUAGGUGAGAAGAUGGUAUCGUCAAUGUUAAAAGCUCACACUUCAUAUCCAAACGGGUGUACUGGUGUUGGCUUUAUUAAUAACCCUUCUAAUUCUUCAGAACCAAUCUGCAUGGAUGGAAAGAACACUUCUCCUUGUGAAGCUAUGAGUCAGAAUGAUUGUCAGGAGAAGGUUCCUUCACCACCCGGGAAGAAUUUUUACUUGAAUGACCUGAAAAGCAUGCAUCAGGGUUCAUCUAAACAAAAGAAAGUUGUUUCCUUGCCAGAACUCCUGCAUCCUGUCGAUAGCAUCCUUAGAAUGUUCAUUGCAACUUUUACAAGUGAUAUUGAAUGGUUUUUGUCAUAUUGUGAUAUUCCUUCCGAUCUUCCAGUUACAGUGGCAUGCCAUAAUACUGAGAAAUGCUGGAGUGGGGACCCCAGUAUGAGAUCCUGUGCGCCUAAUCCCAACUUCCCCAAUCUAGUUGUAGUGUACCCUCCUUUUCCCGAGGCAAUAGCCUUUGGCAAGGAUCGGAAGAAUCGAGGUGUUGGUUGUCAUCAUCCGAAGUUGCUUGUUUUGCAAAGAGAGGAUAGUAUGCGUGUCAUAAUAACAUCUGCUAAUCUGGUGGCUAAGCAGUGGCAGAGUGUAACCAACACCAUUUGGUGGCAAGACUUCCCAUACAAAAAAUCCCCUGACUGCAAAUCCCUUUUUAACCAGCUUAAUGGAAGUAUGGAUAAUGAUUUGAGAUCCGAUUUUGCUGCUCAGCUAGCAGGAUUUAUGGCCACUCUUGUGACUGAUGUUCCUAGUGAGGCCAACUGGAUUGUUGAGUUAACCAAGUAUGACUUUGGAGGGGCUAGCGGCUAUCUAGUUGCUUCAGUUCCUGGAAUUCAUUCAUAUAGAUCUCUGUCUGCAACUUCACCUGCCUGUAAAUUAAAAUGCAGUGAGAUGUUGCUUGGGUCAGUUGAAUCAUGUGUUGUUGGUUUAAGUUAUAUUUUCCGGACAUCAGCUGACUCAAAUGGUAUACAGCUUAAGAAACUGGCUUCUUAUCUUGGUAAAUCUUCUGAAAAAGGAAGCGGGGUGUCAGAGAUUCUACUAAGAAGAGAAAAAAAUGUACCUUCGGAUUCCAAUGCUGUGAGUGUUGUUGUUCCUAACUUUACAGAAUUAUCUAAAGGAGAUUGUGUACAACUCGGCUUCCUUCCUCGAGCUGUUGCAAAGUGGGUUUCUCCACUAUGGGAUGCGGGAUUUUUUAGAUUUUGUGGACAUCUGUGUUCCAGGGAAGCUCUUGCAGCUGCUUUAGGAGAAAACAGCCUAAAAGUGCAAUUGAUUCUUCAUGUAUCUCAGGGUCCCAACUUUUUAGACAUACCAAAGAUGAUGGAACCUGAACAUGCUGUUGCAUUUUGUUCUCUUGUUGCUUCACUUCGGAGGUGUACUGGUCUGAGGCGAAUUGAAGAGGUGCUACAUCAAUAUAAAUGGCCUGAACCUUUGGAGUCAGAUUUCAUAUAUGGUUCUUCAUCGAUAGGGACUUCAAUCAGUGCACAAUUUCUAGCAGCAUUUUCUGCAGCUGCUGGUAAGAGAUCACAGCAUCUGUAUGAUUCAGAAGAAUCUGAUCCGAAGUGGGGAUGCUGGACUUUAGCACAUGAAUUGAAGCAUCCAUCCAUAAGAGUCAUUUUCCCAACCAUUGACAGAGUGAAGAGUGCACAUUGUGGAAUAUUACCUUCAAAACAUCUCCUUUGCUUUUCAGAGAAAACAUGGCAAAGAUUGAAGAUGGUGAACAUACUCCAUGAUGCUGUUCCUCAACCCAGUGAAAGAGUAGGAUAUCCCAUGCAUGUCAAGGUAGCAAGGAGGCGUUUCAAAUCGAAGACAGAUGGAUCUUCAUUUGGCUGGAUUUAUUGUGGGUCACAUAACAUGAGUGCUGCUGCAUGGGGACGACAAAUUUCAAGCCAAUCAGACCAAUCUCCUGUUUAUAGGCUUCAUGUAUGCAACUAUGAACUUGGUAUUAUAUUUGUCUUUCCUCCGCCAGAGACAGAGGCCAGUAAUCCAGACAACUCCCCGAAUUUGGAUGAUAUUAUCUUGCCCUUUGUGGAGGCUGCCCCAAGAUAUGGGCCAAAAGAUAGGCCAGCAACGAAACGUGCAAUGAGCGAGGCCUUAACAGAGCUUGCCAAGGAGGGAAGGGCUUUUGACAUUGCAGCUGCUGUACAAGAGGCAAUAGAAGAAGAGGUUCCUGAUGAAGAUGAUGAAGUUGAAGUGGUGAAUUGUGUGGUACAUGAGGAGGAAGAGGAAAAUACCUAUGCUGAUUUAUUGUGGCACCAGGUUCACUCAUCUCAGGGUUGUUGAACCUUUCUUACCUCAACAAACAUCAUUCGUCAGUCUAUCAAAAGAUUAGUCUUGUAAAUCACUAGUUGUACAAUAUGAGUACAUUUAUACAUAAUUCAUUUCAAAAAAGACACAAAUUCUUAUUUAAAUGUCAUGUACAAUAAAUAUUGUAUAGUAUGAUUAAAAGUUAACCAAUACGGAGUAUAAUGUAAAAGUUAUUUAUUUUUUAAUGAUACUUUUUUUUUUUGUAUAU